AAACAGUUUUGGUUACCACAUCCGGAGUUGACGGCUCAGCGCAUUCGAUCUGCAACAACACACCACGACCGCGCGAUAAGAUGCCUCGAGUCGCCCAAGGACACCACCGCAGGAGUGGGAGUAGAGUCCCCUCUGGCUCUCUCCUUGCGUCACCAUUCAAAUCGCCAGUAAAGAUCCCCCUCAACGACGAUGCCCACGAAAAGGCACAGCGAUUCCACGGCCGCAAGGCCGCCCACGAGGCCCAGAUCAACCAACUCAGGGCCGCCGCGACAAACACCCCACGAAAGUCGAGUUCCUCAUUCAACGAUCUCCAGAAUGCCGAGCCGCCAGGAUCCAGCCCGCGUACUCCGCGCCGCCGCAAGAGCGGCAACCACACCAUCAUCAUGGACGACGACGAACCGCUGAUUGUGGGCGGAAAGGCCGUCACCCCGAUGAAGCGGGUACCCAUCCUCGCCAACUUCGAGGAGUGGAUGAAGAUGGCCACUGACAACAAGAUCAACGCCGCCAACUCGUGGAACUUUGCCCUUAUCGACUACUUCCACGACAUGUCGCUACUCAAGGAGGGUGAUGGGGUCAACUUCCAGAAGGCCAGCUGCACGCUUGACGGCUGUGUCAAGAUCUACACGAGCAGAGUCGACAGUGUCGCCACCGAGACGGGGAAGUUGUUGAGCGGGUUAGCAGAUAGCCGCGACAACAAGAGGAAGGGCCGCGACGGCGAUGAGGACGAGGACGAGGAAGAAGACGAGGUCGACGAGGAUGGCAAUGUUAGGAAGAAGGCCAAAAAGAAGACCCAGCGAUCCUCCGAGGCCACCCUUGCGCCGUCGUUUGCCUCGCUGCAACUCAAGAAACUCGAGCUCGAAUUCGCAGUCGACCCACUCUUCAAGAAAGCAUCCGCCGACUUUGACGAGGGCGGCGCAAAGGGCCUCCUGCUAAACCACCUCAUGAUCGACUCACAGGGACGGAUUGUGUUCGAUAGUAGUGACGAUGCCGAGGAUGUGGCUAGUUCCAAAUCCCGCGAACGGGGCGGUAGUGAGGAGAUUGAAGGCGAGGACGAGGACGGCGACCUUUCGAUGGCCGAUCGGGAGUUGACCCCCGUACCGGAGGAACCAGAGGAGGAGGGAGACGUUGAAAUUGACGUUGGUGGUCUUGGCGCGAGAUUCUUUCCGGAUCUCGGUCUCUUGGACAGCAUGGACGUCUGCCCCUCGCUCAAAGCAUUCGAUCUGGGCGACCCCUCUGGUUCUUUGGAUAUCCCCUUUCUCAAGGCGCCCGAAGAUUGGCGCGACCAAGAUAAGGAAAAGACUCCAGGGCCUGGCGGGAUUGGGGAUAAAUCGGGCAUGUUUAUCGAUGAGGAGAACCCUCUUGGCUUCGAUGACGAAGACGGACUCGGGACUUUCGACUUGGGUGGAGAUGUGGACUUCGGUGAGGGAGGAGAGGCGUGGGCCCGGGAGGCUGCCCUCGAGCCGCAAAUGCGCGUUUUCGACGCUGGGUUGGGGAUGGGCGACAGUGCUGGCGCUGACGGGGAGGGUGAUGGGGCCGACCUUCUCGACGCCGAGAACGGCGACUUUGCCAUCUCCAUGUCACACGCCCAAAAGGCCGACAGGAUGCACGAGGACAUCCUCGGCUACUUCGACCAGGCCCUGCAAAAGAACUGGAGCAGCGCCGAGCACUGGAGGAUACGAAAGAUCAAGGACGUCAACAAGCCCACCGAGCCGGCGAGGCAGCGCAAAGAGAAGCAACCGUUCGAGAUCGACUUCGCCGCCCCUCUCGACCCCGCUGUCGCCGAGGUCAUCUACACCCAAGCCUCGUCCAACUCGACCAUCUCCCUCCCAAAGAAGGACUGGAAAUCCAAAUCGCGCAACCUCCUCCCCGACGACAAGCACUUCAGCUCCAAACAAUUGCUCAGCCUCUUCCUGAAACCCAAAUCCCGUAUGGGCCGCCGGCGCGUCCUUGGCGGCGGCAGUAGGAUAGGCAACGCCGACUCGCAACGCCAGCAGAAUGACGUUCCCGAAGGCGAGAUGGACGAGGCCUUCUGGGCCUCACAAAAGGCACCCCUCCAGUCCACCGAGCACGGCUCCUCCCCCGACGAGGCCCUCCCCCAAGGUGACUACGACGCCAACUUCUUCCAAGAUGACGGCCUGCCUUUCGCCGGCGGCGGCGGCCUGGGCGAUGACGACGACGACAUGGACGACGAGUUUGCCGACGCCCGCGACCACUUCUCGCCCGAGGCCGGCGGGCCCAUGACCGACGUCGGUAUGACGGGCGCGUUUGGCGGCCUGACGGUGACCAACCCGGCCGAUCUGGCGUUUGGGACGAUGCUGGUGACCCAGAACAGGAGGGCCAGGCCCGAGUAUGUGCAGUACGCGCGCGUGGCCAAGAAGGUGGAUGUCAGGCGGCUGAAGGAGGAGAUUUGGAAGGGGAUUGGCUUGGAGGAGCUUGAUGAACAAAACAACGCGGCAAACAACAGCCGCCUCAUGACCCCCACCUCGCCCGAGAAACCCACGUCGUCUGGCAACGGCGAGGAGGACCCGACGUUGAAGUUUACCGACGUCGUGACCGGCCUGCAGCGCGUCUACCCGAAGCAGGUCAUGGACGACAUCUCCACCAGCUUCUGCUUCAUCUGCUUGUUGCACCUGGCCAACGAGAAGGGGCUGGUCAUCUCCAAGACGGAGGAGUUGGAUGAGUUGUUGAUCAAGAAGGACUGGGAUGCCCAAAUCGUUGAGGGGGAAUAAUCAACCAUGUCGGUUUUUUGUUUUGGGACGAGGUGUUGAGUGAUAAAGAGGGUUGGGGCUGGUUUGGCUUUUUUGUAUGACCGGCUGGGUUGGUUUCCUUUUUCUUGUGAUGAUGAGCAACGCAUUGCGGAUGUGUACACACAUGCAACCGGCCGCUUUGGUUGUGGUCGACAGUUCUAUGAUGAUGAAUGCCACUGUUUACACCCCAUACCACCCCUGCAAGGGG